CUCUGGGCGGAAGUUGCCUGCCCAUCGUACACACUCUUUCAAAGAUGGCUCUCGCUAGUGUGUUAAGCAGUGAUUGUGCGGAUUUCUCGUCCGAGUACCGGCAGCCGUUCGCCUACAGCUGCGGUUCCGGACAGAACCAGGGGGAGCAUGAGGCGGUACCGGGGGACGGCCUGAGUUUCUGCCUGAAGAACCCGCUGCUCGCUGCCGACGAAGAUGGCGUGGAGAGGAAAAUCGAGUUUCUGCACGGAACAACCACAUUAGCCUUUAAGUUCCAGCACGGGGUUAUUGUGGCGGUGGACUCGCGGGCCACGGCGGGCUCCUACAUCGCCUCGCAGACGGUGAAGAAGGUGAUCGAGAUCAACCCUUACCUGCUGGGCACCAUGGCCGGCGGCGCCGCCGACUGCAGCUUCUGGGAGCGCCUGCUGGCCCGCCAGUGCCGCAUCUACGAGCUGCGCAACAAGGAGCGCAUCUCCGUGGCGGCCGCCUCCAAGCUGCUGGCCAACAUGGUGUACCAGUACAAAGGCAUGGGCCUCAGCAUGGGCACCAUGGUGUGUGGCUGGGACAAGAGGGGCCCCGGGCUGUACUACGUGGACUCGGAGGGGAACCGGGUGUGCGGCGACCUGUUUGCGGUGGGCUCCGGCUCCAUGUACGCCUACGGCGUGAUGGACAGCGGCCUGCGGCACGAGCUGACCGUGGAGGAGGCGUGCGAGCUGGGCCGCCGCGCCAUCUACCAGGCGACGUACCGCGACGCUUACAGCGGGGGGCAGGUCAACCUGUACCACGUCCACGGCGAGGGCUGGACCAGGGUCUCCCAGGACGACGUGCUGAUGCUGCACCAGCAGUACAAAGAGAAGGCGUAGCUGACCGGGGGGGGAAAGAAGGAAGUGGCGAAAGGUUUUCUAAAGUCCGUUCUUUGAUAUGUUCUGAAAAGUUAGCAGAGAAAUAAAAAAAAGGACUCCUCUUCCCGUCGCCUUCCAGUUUUAUCACUUCUGUUACUCGUGGCUAGCUUCCAGCUGUACGCUGUGCAUGUUCACAAUGCCAGCGAGCCCCGCUCACCUUGUACAGAUUCUAAUUUGCGGGGCUGCAGAGCGGCCGCCGGUGAUUCACACUCGCUUAAUGCAGCGUGGGAGUAUUGUGGCGCUCACCCCGCGAACCUUUCAUUUCACAUCCUACCCUUGAAAAGUACAAUACCUCCUGCAAUAAAACCCGUGUUCCUUCUGAA